AUGGAGGCUCCGAUGAAGGACCCAAUUGUGGGCAAGGCAGCGAUGGCUUCACUGGUGGGGGCAAGAGCCGGAGCCUCGCUAGGGGCGGUGGCCAUUGCGGCGCUCAUGGAGGCGACGGCAACGAGGGCGGCGCAUGCAAUCUUCUUCAUCUCCAUGGUGGUGGCGGCGGCAAGAUCUGGCGAAAAACUUGGAACAAUCACCGUAUCUUGCCUCUGUGGCAAUGGCGAUGACGAUGGAAGGUGUCGUGUGGCAACAAAAGGUGGAGGGAUAGGAAAGAAAAUACUGGUGUCGAAUUUGUUUGGGGACAGAAGGGCUCUGUUCAUGUUCGUAGCCGUGAUGGCUACUUUUUCUGCUGCAAUGGCUCAGGAUGAUCUCCCAAUGUCUCCGUCGCCUGCGCCGGACCACGGUGCAGGAUACACCUUGCCGGUUUCUGCCGUUGUUGUGGGUUCUUCGUUGGUUUCGUCUCUCUUGGUCCUCAUCAAGAAUUAG